AAACCGACCAAUCAGAUCCUUUAUAUGGUCGCGAUUCCAGAGGAAGGGGAUUUUAUGACACGGCGGGAAAGAGGGGAUAUUUACUUAUUCUCAAUAAUACCCACAGACGCUUAGGUACUGGAGAUGAUGUUAGCAACUUACAAUACUUCUUUGGAGACAUACUUCGUUAUAGAGUAGACACUAUAUCAAAUGAUCUCUCCAGGGCAGACGUUAUUCGGGCAUUGCAAAGCGCACGGGAUAACAUCCGUUCUGGUGCCACACAUGAAUAUUUCCCUUUUAUCUGCGCUAUACUUUCCCAUGGAGACGAGAAUGGGCUGUCGUUUACAGAUGGUGCAAUUAAAGUUAAUGAAAUAAGCAAAAUAUUCAAGGAUAAAAUUGAGGAGCACAACCUCCGUAGAAACAAACUCUCCGGACGACCCAAAUUGUUUUUUAUAGAGUCGUGUCGUGGAGGGAAAGCGCAAGGAUUACACGAAGUUGAUGAUGCAGACGACAUUGUACCGCAACGCAAUGUUGACAUGGCAGAUGAAAUAAUUUAUAUUCCCUCGGAUGCUAACACAUUAUUAGCUUAUUCAAGCACCAAAGGAUAUGCUUCAUACAGAGAUCGGUCACGCCCAGACACCGCUCAUACAUACUUCAUUAAGGCUUUGAUAGAUGUGUUUACAGAGUAUUACACUACGGAUCAUGUGGAAGACAUGUUAAUCUCAGUUAAAGAAAGGGUGGCGAUAGACAAUGCUUCACUCUAUGACACAGAAAAAUACACAUACACGAAACAGAUGCCGUGUACACAGAGCACGCUUACCAAACGACUUUACCUUACACCUUAUAAUGGGCAAUGAGGAAUCAAUACAUACGCAUACAAUCAAUAUAUGUAUCUUUCCACUGCCUGGCUACAUUUUUAUCGUAUAGUCAUAAUAUGGUUUUUUGUUGUUUUUUUAUUAUUAUUUUUUAAAAUAGAUAUUGUCUUAUAUAUUAACUCUAGUCCUAACUCUAACUCGUGAAAUCACUUGAAGAAAUCAAAGUGCUGAAGGCACGGCAUUUAUUGGCCGGUAUUAAGACUUGCACAAAUGAUAUCAAAUAAAUUUAAAGAAUAAUAGGAGAUCUUUAUGAUAUCGCUUGGUGAAAAUAAUUGUAAUAAUUAAAACAAUGUAAUAAACAAUAAAAUGUG